GCACACUCUACGGGAUCGCGGAGGGGGCUGAGGUAGUGAAUUCCUAAGAAGAAAAUAAUGGAUUUCAUAUUAGUUUUUCUCUAACUGUUUGGACUCAUCAGUGUAUAGGUUUCUUGCAAAGGCUAAAAGAAGAUGGCAACUCCUUAUGUCCCAGUUCCCAUGCCCAUAGGGAGCUCUGCUUCCAGUUUUACAACCAACAGAAGCCAAAGAAGUUCUUCUUUUGGGAGUAUCUCAACAAGCUCAAACUCUUCCAAAGGCCAGUUAGAGGACUCAAAUAUGGGUAAUUUUAAACAGACAAGUGUACCUGACCAAAUGGAAAGUACUUCAUCUGUCUGUAGCAGCCCCCUCAUUAGGACCAAAUUUACAGGUGCAGAUUCUUCCAUUGAGUAUUCCACUAGACCAAGAGAAAGUGAAGAACAAAAUCCUGAAAUAGCACCUUUGGAAGAUAGACCUUCUACACCUACUAUACUGGGUUAUGAGGUGAUGGAAGAAAGAGGUAAAUUUACCGUAUAUAAAAUACUAGUAAAGAAAACCCCAGAAGAAAGCUGGGUAGUUUUUAGAAGAUACACUGACUUUUCUAGGCUUAAUGAUAAAUUAAAAGAGAUGUUUCCAGGCUUUCGAUUAGCACUUCCACCAAAACGCUGGUUCAAAGAUAACUACAAUGCCGACUUUUUAGAAGAUAGACAAUUAGGAUUACAAGCGUUUCUUCAAAAUUUAGUGGCUCACAAGGACAUUGCUAACUGCCUUGCAGUGAGAGUUUGUCUGGAUGAUCCACCAGGUCCAUUUGAUAGCCUAGAAGAAAGCAGGGCCUUCUGUGAAACUUUAGAAGAGACAAACUGCCGUUUUCAAAAAGAACUACUUGAAAAACAAAAAGAAGUGGAAUCACUGAAGAAACUCCUCAGUGAGAAGCAACUUCAUAUAGAUACUCUAGAGAACAGAAUUAGAACAUUGUCUUUAGAACCUGAAGAUUCUCUGCACAUGUCAGGAACAGAAGGCAGACAUGCCCCAAAGGUGGAGUCCUCUGCACUUGAGGUUGAUAGAGAUGUUGUACAUGAAGAAUCUAGAGCUGAUGAUAAGCCCUGCUUAAGUUGUAGUGAACCUGAAAAUUCUGUAUCAGACAGAGAAGUAGCAGAAGUGGCAUACAAUGCAGAAGACGACUGAUACACAACGAGCAGUUACUUACAUUUGUAUGUUUCAGCAAAUAUAGAAUCGAAUGAUAGUUAAAAAUAAAAAAGACUGAAGCAUUUAUAGAAAACUAAGAUUGCACGUGUAUAAAGUUUACAUAAAGAGAAGUUUUUUUAAGUUAUUGGGAUAGGAAAUGUAUUCAUUGCUGCUUUAAACUGUCUUUUAUCCAACCUUUGUAUUUAAUAGACUAAAAAAAAUCUAGUUAGAAUUCUGUUAUCAUAACUAAAUCCUUAAAUAAUGUGCAUAAAUUAUUUUGGCGUUUUGCCAAUAUACUGCUCCAAACUUGUGCGGGUGUGUGUGUGUGUGUGUGUGUGUGUGUGU